UUAUUUGACGCCGCCGCCCCUGGCAGUCGGAAGUUGCUUGAGUGGAUCUCAGCCGGCCGGCCCGACUGGCCUUCGUCAUCCCCCGGCGCCCUGGGGGAGUCGCGGACGGGUGGACAGACCGACCGCCUGAGGACGGCCGGCCCGGACGGUGAAAGCGCCGGACCUAUGGCGCGGGUCGCGUGAGGCCGAAGGCCAAGUGCGGCCGGCGGCGGCAGCGGUGGCGCCCGCCCCAGCGAUGCGGGCCCCGCCCGUCGCCUCAGGUGCCAUUUGGAUAGUACUUUAGCGGCACAAUGUACUCUGAGUGGAGGUCACUGCAUUUGGUGAUUCAGAAUGAUCAGGGCCAUACCAGUGUGCUGCACAGCUAUCCAGAGAGUGUCGGGCGAGAGGUGGCAAAUGCUGUGGUCCGUCCUCUUGGGCAGGCAUUAGGUACCCCUUCAGUGGCUGGCAGUGAGAGUUUGUUAAAAACUGACAAAGAAGUAAAAUGGACUAUGGAAGUAAUUUGCUAUGGACUGACUCUUCCGUUGGAUGGAGAGACUGUAAAAUACUGUGUUGAUGUAUACACAGACUGGAUUAUGGCGUUAGUGUUGCCGAAAGAUUCUAUUCCAUUGCCAGUUAUUAAAGAACCUAAUCUAUAUGUUCAAAGUAUACUAAAACACCUGCAAAAUCUUUUUGUACCAAGGCAGGAACAGGGUUCCAGUCAGAUCCGACUAUGCUUACAGGUCCUGAGAGCCAUUCAGAAACUGGCCCGUGAGUCAUCUAUCAUGGCCCGAGAAACCUGGGAAGUCUUACUGUUGUUUCUUCUGCAGAUUAAUGACAUACUUCUGGCCCCACCAACUGUUCAAGGUGGCAUUGCUGAGAAUCUAGCAGAGAAGUUGAUUGGUGUUCUCUUUGAGGUGUGGUUACUAGCGUGUACUCGGUGCUUCCCAACACCUCCUUACUGGAAAACAGCCAAGGAAAUGGUGGCUAACUGGAGGCACCACCCGGCAGUUGUGGAGCAGUGGAGCAAGGUCAUCUGUGCUCUCACUUCCAGAUUGCUGCGUUUUACAUAUGGUCCUUCAUUUCCUCCAUUUAAAGUUCCCGAUGAAGAUGCCAGUCUAAUACCUCCAGAAAUGGAUAAUGAGUGUGUUGCACAGACUUGGUUUCGCUUUUUACAUAUGUUAAGUAAUCCUGUGGAUUUGAGUAAUCCAGCUAUUAUAAGCUCUACCCCCAAAUUUCAGGAACAGUUCUUGAAUGUGAGCGGAAUGCCGCAAGAAUUGAAUCAGUAUCCCUGCCUUAAACAUCUGCCUCAAAUAUUUUUUCGUGCCAUGCGUGGAAUCAGCUGUCUGGUGGAUGCAUUCUUAGGUAUUUCUAGACCCCGAUCAGACAGUGCUCCUCCAACACCUGUGAAUAGAUUAAGUAUGCCUCAAAGUGCUGCUGUCAAUACUACCCCACCACAUAACCGGAGGCACCGGGCUGUUACUGUGAAUAAGGCCACCAUGAAGACAAGCACGGUUAGUACUGCUCAUGCCUCAAAAGUUCAGCACCAGGCAUCUUCCACCUCUCCUCUGUCAAGUCCAAAUCAGACUAGUUCAGAACCCCGGCCACUGCCUGCCCCUCGGAGACCAAAGGUUAACAGCAUCUUGAAUCUCUUUGGAUCAUGGUUAUUUGAUGCAGCAUUUGUUCACUGUAAACUUCAUAAUGGGAUAAACAGAGACAGCAGCAUGACUGCAUCUUUUAUCCAAAUUCUUCUUUCUUAUAAAUCUUCCAUUACAACACAAGCUAGCAUGGAGUUUCGACGGAAAGGGUCACAAAUGUCCACAGACACCAUGGUUUCCAAUCCUAUGUUUGAUGCAAGUGAAUUUCCUGAUAACUAUGAAGCAGGAAGAGCUGAGGCUUGUGGGACACUGUGUAGGAUUUUUUGUAGCAAGAAGACUGGAGAAGAGAUUCUGCCAGCUUAUUUAUCCAGAUUUUACAUGCUUUUAAUUCAAGGUUUGCAGAUAAAUGAUUAUGUGUGCCAUCCUGUCUUGGCCAGCGUUAUUCUAAACUCCCCUCCUUUGUUCUGCUGUGACUUGAAAGGGAUUGAUGUUGUGGUUCCUUACUUUAUUUCAGCUCUUGAAACCAUUUUGCCUGACAGAGAACUCUCAAAAUUCAAAAGCUAUGUAAAUCCAACAGAAUUGAGAAGAUCUUCCAUUAACAUCCUGCUUUCUUUGUUACCCCUCCCUCAUCAUUUUGGCACAGUCAAAUCAGAGGUGGUCCUGGAAGGAAAGUUUAGUAACGAUGACAGCUCUUCUUGUGAUAAACCAAUAACUUUUCUGUCCCUGAAGUUGAGACUUGUGAAUAUACUAAUAGGUGCCUUGCAGACAGAAACGGACCCCAACAACACCCAAAUGAUACUAGGGGCAAUGUUAAAUAUUGUUCAAGAUUCAGCACUUUUAGAAGCCAUUGGUUGCCAAAUGGAGAUGGGUGGUGGUGAAAAUAACCUGAAGAGUCAUAGUCGCACUAAUAGUGGUAUUAGUUCAGCAAGUGGUGGAAGCACAGAGCCCACAACUCCUGACAGUGAAAGACCUGCUCAGGCUCUCCUAAGGGAUUAUGCUCUUAAUACAGAUUCGGCUGCUGGGCUCCUGAUUCGCAGCAUUCAUCUCGUCACCCAAAGACUCAAUUCCCAGUGGCGGCAAGACAUGAGCAUAUCACUGGCAGCUCUAGAGCUCCUCUCUGGCCUGGCAAAGGUAAAGGUGAUGGUUGACUCAGGAGAUCGGAAGCGAGCCAUCAGUUCUGUAUGCAGCUACAUCGUAUACCAGUGCAGUCGGCCAGCUCCACUUCACUCCCGGGAUCUGCACUCCAUGAUAGUGGCAGCCUUUCAGUGUCUUUGUGUCUGGCUGACAGAGCACCCUGACAUGCUGGAUGAAAAGGAUUGCCUUAAGGAAGUACUGGAGAUUGUGGAACUGGGUAUCUCAGGAAGUAAGUCCAAGAACAGUGAACAAGAGGUCAAAUACAAAGGAGAUAAGGAGCCAAACCCUGCAUCUAUGAGGGUAAAGGAUGCUGCUGAAGCCACCCUAACAUGUAUUAUGCAGUUGCUUGGCGCAUUUCCUUCACCCAGUGGUCCUGCCUCUCCUUGUAGUCUGGUGAAUGAGACCACUUUGAUUAAAUACUCCAGGCUGCCAACUAUAAACAAGCAUAGUUUCCGGUACUUUGUCUUGGAUAACAGUGUCAUCCUGGCAAUGCUGGAGCAACCUCUUGGAAAUGAGCAGAAUGAUUUUUUCCCCUCUGUCACUGUGCUGGUCCGGGGAAUGUCUGGAAGACUUGCUUGGGCACAACAGCUUUGCCUUUUACCCCGAGGAGCAAAAGCAAAUCAGAAGCUUUUUGUGCCUGAACCUCGCCCAGUUCCUAAAAAUGAUGUUGGAUUUAAAUAUACUGUGAAACAUCGCCCAUUUCCUGAAGAGGUGGACAAGAUUCCUUUUGUGAAAGCAGACCUGAGCAUUCCAGAUUUGCAUGAAAUUGUCACUGAAGAAUUGGAAGAGAAACAUGAAAAAUUAAGGAGUGGAAUGGCUCAGCAGAUUACUUAUGAAAUACACCUUGAGCAACAGAGUGAGGAAGAAUUGCAGAAGAGAAGUUUUCCUGAUCCCAUUACGGAUUGCAGGCCUCCGCCUCCUGCCCAAGAAUUCCAAACAGCACGUCUUUUCCUCUCACACUUUGGAUUUUUGUCAUUAGAAGCAUUGAAGGAACCUACAAAUAGUCGUCUACCUCCUCACCUUAUUGCACUUGAUUCCACGAUACCUGGAUUUUUUGAUGACGUUGGGUAUCUGGAUCUCUUGCCAUGUCGUCCUUUUGACACAGUUUUUAUUUUCUAUAUGAAGCCAGGUCAGAAAACGAACCAAGAGAUUUUAAAGAAUGUGGAGUCUUCCAGAAAUGUUCAGCCACAUUUCCUAGAAUUUUUGCUCUCCCUUGGCUGGUCAGUAGAUGUGGGCAGACACCCUGGUUGGACUGGGCAUGUUUCCACUAGCUGGUCUAUAAACAGUUGUGAUGAUGGUGAAGGAUCUGAACAAGAUGAAGUGAUUUCCACUGAAGAUAUUGGAGCUAGCAUUUUCAAUGGCCAGAAGAAGGUGCUAUAUUACGCUGAUGCCCUUACGGAAAUAGCUUUUGUAGUUCCUUCUCCUGUGGAGUCCUUAACUGAUUCAUUGGAAAGUAACAUCUCGGACCAAGAUAGUGAUUCAAAUAUGGAUCUUAUGCCAGGAAUUCUGAAACAGCCAUCCCUGACACUUGAGCUUUUCCCUAAUCAUACAGACAAUCUUAAUUCCUCACAGAGGCUCAGUCCCAGUUCCAGAAUGAAGAAACUGCCUCAGGGUCGCCCCGUGCCUCCUCUUGGACCUGAGACAAGAGUUUCUGUAGUUUGGGUGGAACGCUAUGAUGAUAUAGAAAAUUUUCCCCUCUCAGAUCUGAUGGCAGAGAUCAGUACUGGUGUGGAAACUACUGCAAAUAGUAGCACUUCUCUGAGAUCUACGACUCUUGAAAAAGAAGUUCCUGUUAUAUUCAUCCACCCUUUAAAUACUGGAUUAUUCCGGAUAAAAAUUCAAGGAGCCACUGGAAAAUUUAAUAUGGUCAUCCCUCUUGUGGAUGGGAUGAUAGUCAGCAGACGUGCUCUUGGCUUUCUGGUGAGGCAGACUGUAAUUAACAUUUGUAGAAGAAAGAGACUGGAGAGUGACUCCUACAGUCCACCACACGUGCGCCGGAAACAGAAAAUCACCGACAUUGUCAACAAGUAUCGGAACAAGCAGUUAGAGCCAGAGUUUUAUACUUCACUUUUCCAGGAGGUCGGACUCAAGAACUGCAGUUCUUAGGCCACUGUUGGUCUAGGACUAUGGAACUCCAGUUUGGGGACUAUAGUAUCAAAGCAAAACAGUUUGAUAGGUGAUCACUGUAAAAAUAAAAACAAAUCACUCCCCAGAGCUUACUGUUUAAUCACCAGAAUAGAAGAAAGAAACACAUUAUAAACCCAUUUGAUAGAAGACUUUUGACUUUCUAGUGAAAUGGGCUCCCAGGCACAAUCAUAUUCUUGCCGGUAAUGACGAUAAUACAUUUUAGCCAUAAACUUUAUUUUAAAAGUGACAGUUUUAGUUAAAUACAAGCCUUUUGAGGAGAAAGGCUUUUAUGCAUCUCAGUUAAACACAUGCAUUGGUAGUAACAACAAAUUUUCAAAUUAGAAGUUGAAGAUAGUUUUAUACCUCACUUUUUAGGAGGUUGUAUUCAGAAUUAAAAUUCAACUCAGAAUCUUUCAGGACAUUUAAAGAGUCACGUUGAUAGCAUGAAGGAUAAGGAAUGAAGCUCAACCUUCUGCUCACGUGUAGGUCCAAGUCAUCCAGCUAUCAAACUGGCCAAAAGAAAAGAACAUAAAUGUUUUUUGCUCAGAUAAGAAGUCUAAAAUAUUAAAAUAUUUCAUAUUUUUUCUCCACAUUUCAAAAAGUUGUCAUUCUCCUCACUGCAUGAGUCUGUGUGAGGCCUCAGUUUCUGGGUGACCCAGGAACAUCUAACAUGGAGGCAUGGUCUUGUUCUAAUGGGGAUGCAGGUGAAGCUUGUGGGGUUAGAAGUUGUAAGACAGUAAUGACACCUCCACUCUCUCCAUUAUUGUCCAGUCUGGUGACAUAAUGAUGGAUUAAACAUUUGUGAUUCAUUGAUUGAAUAUCAAGAAGUGUAAAUUCAUAAUAGGGGUUGAAAAUUAUUUGGUUAAAUCUACUGUCUCUUAUUUCAGGACCAAGCAGCAGACUGCAAUAGUUUAUAAAGGAUUCUAAUUUGGGGUUCAGAAAGUAGCCUCUCAACAAUAUUCUGAUCUCUCCCAGAGAGCUUACUGGAUUCCAUUCAUAAUGUUUCAUCAACUGUUAGUGACCACCUCCUUGGGUGGCUACUGUUAGAAAUGGCUGUUGUCAUGUGUUUUUGGACCUCGCCGGCUGAAGACACAGCAAAUCCCUGCCAGGGUUUUGGAAAUACUUCUGUUACCUCGCUGCUACUUUUCUGCCAGGGAUAAAACUUUUUGAGGUGGCCAGACCCAGAACAUCUUUAUAAGGAUUCCUGUUACAGUGCUGCAGUAUACACCGCUUGUUUCUCCUGUUCUCAUGUGUUUUGUUCUUUAGUAAGAUUAUUUUAUGUUAAGAAAAUAAGUGACUUGAAGUCCAAAGAGGAAUGAUCAUAGUUGUAUGGGUUGUUUCCAUGGUGAAAACAGGAGGAGUGAUCAUAGUUAUAAGGGUUGUUUUCCUACUUGAACAAUGAUGUCGGUAAAUUCUGUAGGACAGGGCUACAAUGUUUGAUUUGAUACUUUGGUAGUCUAGUUAGGGGACAGGGGAUAGUAUAGGACCUAAUUCCCUGUGCAGAUAACUCUACUCCAGAAGUAUAUAUUUUGUCAUCUAUGAGCAAGAAAUGUGAGCACAGCGGCUUUUGGUUUUAAGUUUGCCAUACCUUUUUCUUCAUGUUUGUGUUAAGCUCAGGUAAAGAUAACCACCUCCUUCAAUGACUCAAAUUUCCAUUCAGGGUAUGAUAUUAUUCAAUAAUUGAUUUUCUUUUUAAGCUGGGCAAUAAAUUGAUAUUUCCAAAUGGAAGCAUGGGGGAGGGGAAUGUGUGGUAAAGAUGAGCAAGUUCUUCCCUAAAACUGUGUUAAGAGCUCAGCAGGAAUAAGGUGAGGUUUAAAGACUUACAAGGUAAUUCCAGAUUGACAUUGCAAGAGGAAAAUGGGUCCUUGUUCUAGUUGGAGUGAACAAAGCAGACUAUAAAGUGAUAGGCAACUUACACCAUUCCAGAGGUUAAAAAUAACUGAGGUAGAUGUACUUCCUCAUGUGACUCUUCAGAUGAAACUUUACCUUUAACAUAGUCUUAAUGUCAGAAUAAUGUUUGGGAUGAGUGUUGGGAGUGAGCUUCCUUCAGUCAGCUGUAAUUUCUGGAAACUCUGUAAUUCUGAGGACUUUGAUAAGUGAACAACCACAUUGAAUGCAGUUUGUGAUCUGGGAGACUUUGUGGACUUACAGGGAAGGGGGAAUGUGCAGCUCCUGAAGGCAUGAAACCUUCAGUGUGGGCAAAGCGAGUGGAAUAUGGAUUACGUAUACCUUGCCAGGUGCUGUUCCCUCUGCUCAAAAUAACAUCUGCCCAAAAAGGGAGUGUGGUAAAAAACUUUGGACCUUUUACUAGUUUGGGUUUAAGUUCAUGGUCACUAAAUUCACCCAACUGCUUGUGUUGGGUGAAUCACUCUGAGUAGAAUAAUGCUGGAGGAACAUAUUUAGUACCUACUAAUAAUACUUAGUAGCUCACUUGAUAAAUUUACCGUAUGUUCAAAACCUUUGGGGGGAAGCCAGAGCCACUUUUGUCUGUGACUUAAACAGUUCAGUUGCUGCUGCGUUUGUCCCAGGUACCCCAGUGGGUGGAUGGGUGUGGCAUUCUGUGAAGAGGAAAUGGAAAGUGUUCCCCGAGAGACAGAAGCAGUCACCUUCCUACUCCCAAGUUUAGAGGAGGGACCCUUUCUCCUCUGUGGUUGGGAGCAGUAAGGACAGUGAGGAGGGCUUUUAUCUUUUUAAUUCUUUCCUUGUGUAGCUGGCUCUACCUUUUGUCCAGGGCUUCUUUCUAAGACCCCCUCAUGUCCAGGGGCCAUUAAAGAGGAAUAAUUACCUCCUCUGCCCCACACAAACACACACGUGUGUGUGCCAUUUUCCUUCAUUUCCAGAUCCUGUAUUUCAGGGCAGCCCCUUCUCUGUACUCAAAAUGUAAAUACAAAAUACCUAAACCUUUGGCCAGUAAUGUCAGUUGCCUACAGGUUGUAUGGAAGAAGCCUUCACAAAUGGUUACUUUCUACAUAAUGCUGCGGAAGCAUUUAUCAAGCUUUGCAGAAUAAGUUUUAGAGAAGCAGGGUCUUUAAGAAUAUUUAUUUAUUUUGGAAGGUGGAACUUUACCCAAAGUAGGAGUCAGCCUUGUUGGAAGAAACACGUUUUGUGGUAUGUGGUAAGAAGCAUAUUGGAGGUAAUUUGACACUCCUGCUGCCAGUAUUUCUCCAUUCAGCGUUUAAAAACUCAUUCAGGUUUUAUCUUCCAAAAAAGGAUUUAUGUGUUUAUGUGAAAUGAUCAUUGGAGUCAGAUGGUCUGUUUUUAAGAUUUCCAAGACAGCCUCUUCCUGAGAUGAAGAGAUUAGAGGUGAUCCAUCCGUACAGUGUGGAAUCAAACAGUGGGUUUCUCAGUAGUUCAAGAAGCCAUGUACUCUAUGGUGUUUUUCUCAGUAUAUCAACCCAUGUUCUAUAGAUGCUUUUCUUUUUUUAAUGGAGAGGGAAAAGGUGUAAUUUGGGAUUCCACAGUGCCUUGCAUAUAGUAGGCGCCCAAUAAAUACUUGUUGAAACAAACCAAGUUUCCCAAGUCCUCAACUCUUGCAGUGACCAAGACAUCUUUCUCCUCUGAAGGGCUUGGCAGUUGUGGCUAAAAAUCAGCAGUAUCAUUAUUUGCUUGAAAUCAUAUAUACAAUUUGUAUGAAUUUCAGUAUGUUGCCAAGACAUGAUCUUUUUCUUAUUGUAUUUUCUGUAAAUAUUUCUGGCACUGAACUGUAAAGUAAAGGCGACAUGUAAAUACGAAGGCGUGCCCGUGUCCCCUUGCCUCCUGUGUUUUAUCUCCGUUGGUCAGGGAAGAAGGCCCAGAGGUUUGUUUGUAUUUAUGCCAAUCCUUUGCCCAGAAGAAACCCAUGGAAUAUUGAAUGUAAUACAUUUAGUCAAUUAAAUUUUAAGGAGAUUCUUAUCUAA